CCAGAUAUAACGCUCCAGUAGACUUAGUACAACGGCAUACCGCCAUCUCUUGCUUUCUUGAGCCAAAAACGACUUCUCCUUCUUUAUUAAGAAAACCACCUUUGAUCCCAUCAGAUUUGGAGAUUCUCAUCACCAAAAUUUCUCUCCUAACCACUCCAAUAUGGCCAGCGACACCGAGCCGGCGAAGCUCCUUCUUCCCUACCUCCAGCGAGCCGACGAAUUGCAGAAGCAUGAGCCUCUUGUCGCAUAUUACUGUCGAUUAUAUGCUAUGGAACGCGGACUCAAGAUUCCACCGGGAGAGCGUACCAAGACCACUAAUGCCCUCCUUGUUUCCCUCAUGAAUCAGCUCGAAAAGGAUAAGAAGUCACUCAACCUUGGGCCUGAUGAUAGUUUGCAUCUAGAGGGUUUUGCAUUGAACGUCUUUGCAAAGGCAGACAAACAAGAUCAUGCUGGACGAGCAGAUUUGAACACUGCAAAAACAUUUUAUGCUGCCAGCAUUUUCUUUGAGAUUAUUUCCCAGUUUGGUCCACUUCAACCAGAUCUUGAGCAAAAACGGAAAUAUGCAGUCUGGAAAGCAGCCGAUAUCAGGAAGGCUUUGAAAGAGGGAAGGAAGCCACAGCCUGGUCCACCUUCUGGUGAUGAUGAUCUGUCUGUUCCUUCAAGUACACCUACCAGUGCAAAUGAUGUAAGACCAGGAGAACCUCAAGUCUCAAGAACUCAAUCACAAUCAGAUUUGUCGCCUCGGGUUUACGAUAAGGAGAAUAACGAUCACACAAAUAUACCACCAAGUCCUCAGGUCUAUGACAACAUGAACAAUCACACAUCUCCACCUGCCCGAUUCCAUAAUGAAGUUGACAAUCAGCACCCUCCAAACAUUCCAUCAUACCCUGCAGCUGGUUAUCCAUCCCAUGAGUUCCAUAUACCUCCUCCGAGGAAUGAACAAGACAAUUCCUCUUACACUCAGCCAUACCACCACAUUCAAUCCUACUCACAAGAGCAUCAACAACCGCCGUUGCCUCAUAAUUAUCCAUCUAAUGAAACUUCUCCUAAUUACUCUUAUCCCCAUUUCCAAUCUUAUCCAAGUUUCUCUGAAAGCAGCCUCCCGGCCGCCCCUUCUCACUACCCAACCUAUUACCAAGGAUCUGAUGCUUCAUACUCUUCCCAAGUGACUCCUCCUCCAGCCAGCUACCCAUCAGCUUCUCAAUAUCAUUCAAACGGCAGAGAGGAGACGGCCUCAGAACCUCAACCUACCUCAGCUCCAGCCAAAUCAUACCACUACGACAGCAACUACCAGCCAGCUCCUGAGAAAAUCGCUGAAGCACACAAGGCCGCGAGGUUUGCAGUAGGGGCUCUGGCCUUUGAUGAUGUUUCAGUUGCGGUAGAGCAUUUGAAGAAGUCACUGGAAUUGUUGACUAACCCUUCAGCCAAUGUGUGAUUUUCUGCUUUAUUGCUGGAUUGGCUAAUGUGAAUUUCUUUAUGCUUUUUAUGCCAGGUUUGAUGUGUAAAUUUAAAUCGAUUUGUGUCCCAGGAAAAGAUUGAUGGAACAUGUUAUUGAGAAAGGUUAUUGAUCUUUGAUCUUAUAAUUGCGAGGAAUGUCUUUUACUCAUAAUUUAAGAAUGUCCAACCCUAGGUUGGUUGAAUGUUGAACAUGAGUUUAGAUUGCAUGCAGAAAUAAAUUGUUCUUGGGAUCUGUGGAUUA